AUGAAGAUCCUCGACAGUCCCUUGGCGGCUGCUCUGCAUUCAGCGGCAUCGCCCGAAUUCUCCCCUCUUGCAUUAGCAGAAGACUUUACACCACUACCGGCGUACAAGGCGGCACAGACAUCCAACUUUGACAUAUCGGGUCUGCUUGCGACGCCGCUGAAGCUUCACGAAGACCUCACUUCCGGCUGUGGCGGUCAGACAUGGCCUGCUGGCAUGGUGCUCGCCAAGCACAUGCUUCGAUACCACAGGGAGGAAAUGGCCAACGCGAGAAUACUGGAGCUCGGUGCUGGUGGAGGUCUCGUUGGCCUGGCUGUCGCCAAUGGGGCCGUGGCCGAUGGCCACCAAGGCAUGCAUGAGUCGCCGUUGCUCCUCACCGACCAAGACGAAAUGUUCGCUUUGAUGCAGCACAAUAUUGCUUUGAACGACCUUGGAUCCAAUGUCAAGCCUUUGAUCUUGAACUGGGGCGAGUCGCUGCCAAAAGACGUGAUUGACUCAAAGCCUACUGUCAUUUUAGCUGCCGACUGUGUGUACUUUGAGCCGGCGUUCCCACUACUGUUGGAAACACUGUCAGACCUGCUGGCGCUGAACGAAGACGCCACAAUUUACUUCUGCUUCAGGAAAAGGCGACGCGCUGACAUGAAUUUCAUGAAAAAGGCGAAAAAGAGGUUCCUUGUUGAGGCAGCCUUCGACGAAGAUCAAGCUGUCUUCAGUCGGGAAAACAUAUUCUUGUACACCUUCAGAAACAAAAAGGCGUCAACCGACGGCAGCACUUCGAGGACCCCGGUGGUGCAGUGA